AUGACACCACACCUGCCUGUCACUGUUAGCAGUGAGAAGAAGGGAGACAGGAGGAGCGCUACCUUACCAGCUAAUAAAAGCCUAGCAUACCACUCCAACACCACUGCCCUCAACCCCCCUCCUCCUCCUCCUCCUCCGAAGCCACCUCCUCACUGCUUCAGCCACUCUCCCCACCCCCACUUUGAAAUACAUGUGUCAAGGCAAAGUGACAAAUAGCACAUAUUAAUUAGGCACUAGGCCGGGCGAGAUUGCUGUUAUUAACGGUGGAAAAGGGGUAAGGUUGGAUUUAAUUGCCUGUGACAUCAAAGUCAAGUGACUGGUAUUUCAAGCAUCAUUUAAAAUGUUUGAUAUUGAGGCCAUUGUACUCACAUAAAAAACAGCUAAAAAUAUAAAGGAGACUGAUGGGGAGGAAAAUACCUCCAUGCUUGUGCUGCAGCUAUCUGGGAGCUAAUAACAUCUCCCCUCUGAUAAAUUGACUAGAUCCUGAUGGAAAGUACAUUGUGGUCGCCCCUGACUGACUAUCACUCCCUCUCUCUCUGAUUUGCCAUCUACUCUCACGUACUUCAUUCGCUUUUUAUAACACUCGUACACCCGGGUAAAAGAAUCAUUUCAAUAUCGAGGAUAGACGCGGGGAGGGUAAAUUUGCUUGGUUGGUUUGGAAAGCAAAUGUAACGGUGCUUUUAUUACAGAGUGCAUCUGCUAAAGGAUAAAUGAGAAAAGCUAUUGUGCUUGGGUUUAUUACUUUGUGAUGUCGUGUGAAUGCUAAAUAAUGGGAGCUUUUGUACACAAUCUGAAGAUGAAAACGAGACUAAGCUUGAAUAAAAAAAGGAUUAGAAAUGUAUUACUUUUAGGGGCAUUACAUGCAGAACAGAUGCUGCUGCUUUUAAAGGGUUGUAUAAAUACAAUGAAAUGUUUAACAAGGUCAAAAAACACAUUUCACUCUGUGUCUCAAUAUUCCACAUUGCAAAAAAAGACGGCUAUAAUCUGCUCUGUGCUGGGAUGACUGAUUAUUUGGGGCCCCUUUCAGAUUGUAGACAGUGCUUUUAGCUGUUAACAGUUUCCAUGGCAAUGCUGUUCUCCUGUUGGGCGUUCUGCUAACCCUGAAAUUAGUGCUGAGGUGUGGCGCCACCCCAAACUGAGCUCUCCUCCUCUCCUCCAUUCAGCCUGCCCUGAUUCGCUGUCCACAACAACCUGAAAACCUGUUGAAAAGAUAAGCUGCUGACGCUCCCCUGGAAGCGGUUGCUGCCCAGACGCCCCGGCACUCCAAGAAAAGCAGGUGUGAGUGAUAAACAGCAGAUCUACUCCAAUAGUCACAACCAUAACCAUCACCCACUGAAGCCCUUUUAAAGCUUUUAGAGCUUUUCUUGGAUAUUGGACAGUUCUAGAUGCUUCUAACAUCUGCAUGUCACAGCCAUUUCACUUUUACCACCAGGAAUGGGUUUCUAAAACAAGCCCCAACGGGGUCCCUACGGCAGUCCAUUCAGAGCGCUGCAGUCACGCUCCUGUCUACAUUAAUCUGAGGCCCUCACAGUGGAGGACUUAUAAAAGCUGAACAUUACAGGACAUGGUGGCCAUGUCGAGCAGCUCCACUUCCUUUUUAUCUCAGCCCAAUCUGGUCUCCCAUUUAGUAAGGCGCAGCAACUUUUUGUGGCAGUGACUUCAUCCUUCUUCAUUUUAAUGGCCCGUUAAUGCUAACAUCGUCAGUACCUCGGCUCUGCAUGGAAAUAACCAAACCCGUUAGAUGGAGUGCCAUUUCUCGCCACUUGUGCACGCAAUAAGACACACCAGGUGCGCUCAGUCUCAAAUUAGCCGAUCAACAGGGAGGCAAAACUGGCAUCCUAUAAUCCCAGGCACCAGCAUGGCACAUCAUUUAGAAAAUGGCCUAUUAUUUUUGUGCAAGCAUUAAAAAUAAUUUAGUGUCUUUAAAGUCUUUGAUUUCCCCAAAGACGUGACAAAAUGUACAACAACUUGACAUAAAGGUUGAUUGUGUUGCAAAAAAAACCAAACCAGGAGAGCACAGGAGAGCAAACUUGAGAGCACCUAUUAGCUAGCUGAUGAAUUUCAUAAUGGGUGCAAUGCUGUCGAAGUUUUCAGUGGGUGUAACGUACGUAAGAAUCAAACGUCUGCAUACACUUAGAUUUAGAUAACAUGCAAAAUUGUGGAUUUUAUGAAUAUUUUGAAAUCAUCAUGCAGACAACAUCUCAUUUGUAUCACUCUACUUAUAUCGCCCGCUAAUAGCUUCUAAAUUAGCAAAGCAUGUGUCUUGCAAUGCCUGCAGUAGGUUGCUUUUUUCCCAUGCAGUUGAAAUGUGGUGAUCCUGAAUAUGAUCAUUGGAGUUUCACCAAAAAAUGCAAAGAGAGAUUUUUUUUUUCCUAUGUGUUUCCAUUGAGGUUGUUUUUGUUUUGCAGUGUUCAAACAUCAAUAUGUUUGUAUCUGACAUCCACAUAGUCCGCACAAGCUCUCGCCAUCCUUUUCACCGGUUUGCAUCAUGUUUCUUGAUGCCUCUGUGCUCACAAAGAGACAAAGAAAAGAGACAGUGAGUGAACCCGGUUUUCCACCUUGCAGUCAGGGGCCACUCAGAGAGGUGAAAAAGAGGAAAUACAUAUUGAUAAGAUCCACGGUUGGCCCCUGUAGUCCCUUUCCCAAGACAGGACACAGACUGGAAUUAUAAUGACUGGGAUUAACACCCCCCACCACUGCUGUUUCGAGCCCCUCAGCACCCCUACCCACCCCUCCACACACACACACAUACAUUUGUUCCCUUCUCCUUUUCUAGGAUCUGCCCUGCUCGAAGGACAGGAAGCCAAGUGCCAGCGAGGAACAUACUGACAUUAAUUAACAACAUCUGACACAGAUGCCACGCUUGUACUCGCUCUAGAGGUGGUCCAGCACAUUAUUUCAUUUUGGUUGUUUCCUUUCAUUUUUUCCCCCUUCCUCUUUUUGAUUCACUUCUUAAUCUCCUUGACACGCAGUCCUCUCUCUUUGCUUUAGGAACACCAGGUUUGAAUGCAAUUAACUUUCUACUUGUCAGGCACCUUUGUUUAAUUUUGAAUAACCCCUUUUGCUCAUAAUAAGGAAGCUAUAAAUCUGACAGCAGAGAUACAUGUGGCGAUAUUCAUUGACAUUCACACCUUGCUUUGCUCUAAUCUGUUUGCUCUCUCUGAUAGCCCAAAUAUUGUGACACCGAGACACAACACAGAGGGCCCGGGGACUGUGGCUCGCCACCCAGAAGCACGUUCACAAAGACGAGCCGUUACACAACACAGCUUAGGAGGCAAAGGUCAAGCUCUCAAUCAAAGGUAGGGGAAGAAAAGGCCGGUGGAUGUUUGGUAAUUAGCCACAGCUUCGACAGUGUGCUGGGAGAGAGCGAGUAACACAUCAGCUCCAUCCAGAAUCCUCAAUAAUCAGCCCAGCUCCAACUAAAAUAGACGUGUGACUUUGCCAACUUGUCUGCAAACGUGUUGAUAAGUGGCACAUGUGUGGAACCAUUAUUUGUGAUGCAACGCUGAAUGGAAGGAGCAUGCAAAAGUGCUGCAACCACAUACAGUAGAAGAACAAAGAGCAGAGGUGAGGAUGGGUAAUAAUCCCUCGCUGUCUUGAGGGGCCAUUCACCCAUCAGGGGCCCCGGUGUGUGUUCCCAUGUAGAGGCUCUGAGGAGAUUUUCUAAAGCGGCCAGACACUUUCUGCCUUCCUCUGCUGUUUCUCUUUGGUGGCGAGAAAUGACCCCAGACUCCCUCCUGACCUGCCUCCGGUAAUGACCAUCGUACAUCAUGUCUUAAGUGCCGCAGCACCUCGUCGGCUGAUGUCACUGGCCUGUCCGGUAGCUCAUUUCCAUCUGACCCAGCGAGUCCUGGACCGGGGCCAUGCAGGGGAAAUUAAAAAUGCAUCAUGUGAUUCAUCUUCUGAAUGACUCCAAGCACAUAAGGGAACUGACCACCGGGGAAAAGUCAUCACAAAGGACCUUGAUGGCUUUUCUGUCUGUCCAGUUGUCAGCUCUGUGUUCAAGAUUUUCCACACAAGCCUAAAAUGUUUUACAUCACAGCCCUGCGAGCCUGAUAUGAUCACUGCUGACCACAUAUAGUGUUUUUAUAAUAAUGAGAUCAAACCUUCAAGACAAAAUGUCAGACCAGCUUUGAAUUUCACUCAUCGAUGAUCAAUAAAAUCCCACUUCCUGACAUGUUGACAGUUUUAAUUUCUCCUGAGCAGGAGGAUAAAACACCUGUCAAUAUUAGCAGAGAAGUCCACAUCCCACAAGCUGAAGGGGUGGGGCCGCUCAAACGUUAUGCUGCCGCCACCUGCUGGUAAGCAGCUUUUGAAGCCUUCCCCCCUCCCAUCCCUUUUUCUGCCAUUCAAACCCACCAACCCCCAAAGUAACCACAGUAAAAAAAAAAAAAAAAAAAAUGAUCUCAGCUGCCUCAGCUUUACAAAGCUGGAGAAGUGUGUAAAAAAUAUUUCCUUUCACCUUUUAAAAACACAUCAUUUGAGGAGAAAUAUGGGCCUGUGUAAUUCUACUCUCACAGAUGGGUGUAGACAAGGUGGAGCUGCAGAUAUGAAGGUCAGUAUAUGAAUGAUAGAGAAGAAUUUCCGGUUUUAGGUUAUGCUUUUAUUCUUUAAAAAGGGGCCUCUCUCAUUUUAAAGAGGCACCUGAUGAGGAGGCCAUUGUGCCCCACACAAAGGCCACGUGUUUUCCUUAAAUCUCUUCAAGUCUCCACUCCAGCUCUCCUGCAGCAGGCCCGAGUCCAGGAGGAGCAGACAAAGACAGCCCUCAGCCAUUUAUCUUAAAGCUGGCACAAGGUGCCUCCUCCACAUCACUCCAAACACUGUCUUUCAAUCGAAUAAAAUAAAUUCUAGUGCUCUCACUAAUGGUCACAUCGAACAUUGACCACGGGAGGUAAGUCUAACAAAAUUAGUAUGCAAAAGACCUGCCCUCGCGAGGCCUAUAAUUUCCUUGCAAAUGAUUUCUGUAUUUGAGGAUGAAAGGGUGAAAAAAAGAGGAAAGACAAUGGCAUUUUGAGCGUGCAUGCGUGUGCAGCCUCCCAAUAGAAGCUGCAUUUAAAUAACUUAACCCGCAGUCAGCAGGUGGGAUAGGAGGAAAUAAGGUAAAAAUGCAGAGUGGAGAGAUCUACGACACUCCGCAUCUUUGAUAUUUAGUUGUUAGGCUUUGGCAUGACGCCCCAGCGGUGUGAGCCGAGGACAAAAACAAGUGCCUCAGAGAGCGUCAGCUUUAAGAAAGGGCCGCGUUUUGCUCUUUCGCCUGAAUUAUAUGCAGCAGGGCAGGCUCCAUGCGGCAUGCUGUGCCAUCUUUUCAUGAGUUAACUUCAUUAAACCUAUAUCCGCCUUACUUUGUUUUGCUCAGACAGACCUUUGAAAUCAAGGUCUUUCUUCGCUCGUGACUAACCUUCAGUAUGAAAAAAAAAACACUUUUCAUUUUCAUGGAAAAAUCGCAGAAAUAAAUGGAUAAUAAUAUUUUAUUGUACAAUCUAAUAAUGAUACAUCUUUUCAGUAACUUAAUUAAAGUGUCUCGUCAUUUUGCUGAGCUGCACAGGCCUCCAUGCGAGGCAACAUUUAUCCACACCGCCAGUCUAUGAAUGUUAAUUGCACCGUUUCCGAAUCAUAAAUACGAGCAUAAAUCAUCGGACUAUACAAUAUUAUGCUCUACUUUUUUAUGUCCCCUACGUGAUCUGCAGGAGGACGUCCUCAUCACUAUAAAUCACAGCCCUGCUGCACUUUCCUGCACUGCAGCAGAGGAGCGGGCAGCGCGCGCUCUCCGCAGCUCAGAGACCAUUUCAUGGCAUUAAUUUUAAUGUAUUUAAAAGAUGGAGCUCUACUGCCCGUGGUCGAUGUCCACUGAGUGAUCAAUCAGGACUUAUAAUGUACAGCCCCUUAUAUUAAAUUUCGGCCUGGGUAAUUUUAAUAUCUGUGAUAAGUCACUGGAAUAAAAGAUGACAGGAAGAUUCGUUUAACCUGUAAUAAAACCUGAGCUACAGGCUUUAUUUCUAUUAUUAUUAUUAUUAUUAUUAUUAUUAUUAUUAUUAUUAUUAUUAUUAUUAUAACUAAAAUAUAUCGAGUUAUUUAGAAACACUUUUAUACAUUUUUUAGAAUUAUAUAUUUUUAAUAUUCAUUUAAUAUGCAAGCAUUUGACAAGCAGUCAAAAUAUUUGGCACGUGUUAAAUCGUGUAAACACUCACCAUGACGCACGCAAAAUUUCAUGCCCAAUCCCAGCCUUACGGACAAAAAAAACGUGCCAGACAGCUUAAAUAUUCUUUAAAGAAAAUUAAAAUGAAGAUCUCUGACAUUUUGUUCAAUUUGGCUCCUUUAUUUCAAUUUAAAAAUUGAUGUGCAUUCAAUAUGAAUAAAUGUAAAAUAGUGUUUCAAUCUUUUAAAAUUAAGUUUGGGGUCAUAAUUUAUGGAUUCUUAAUAAAAUCCAACUUUUUACACCAGUGAGAGCAGAAAACAAAGAAAGUUAGCCUGUUUGAACAGUUUUUAAGUUUUACUUUUAUUUCAAUGUUACUGUAAAAAAGGGUUUAUUGUAAGAUCCAAACCAAAAUUUAGUUUGGGCAUUUUUGGACAUUCAUCUCUUUACGUUUGAUUCUCUCAAAGGGGAAAAAAAAGAUUUCAAAGAUCCUAAAAUGCAAAAAAAAUUGCGACAAAAAUUAACAUUACAACUGUUUUUUGACCUUUAACUUUUCCAGAUUCUGAGAGUACAAAAAAAGUAUUUCCUAAACCAAACUCCAUGUGAUUUUUAGCCGUUUUUCGUCCUGCACACAACAGCAGAAAAGGCGCCUCAGUCCUCCAGUGUACACGUCUCUCUCUAUGUGUCUGUGUCAUAACCUCCAUCAGGGUUUCAUAUUUCCCUCUUCCCUCAUCUGUCCCAGCAUGGUAGCCUUAAUAUGCAUGUCUCCGUACCGACACGCUCUGACUAAAUGGCCACAUUUGCACAUCUUCUUUUUUCCAAGUCUAUGUCCAAUCCCCUCGCUCCGUUAAUGCAAGUUAAUUUCUUCCUCCAAAAUAAUACUUUGGCAAAUCAUUCAUACAAAGUGCUACAUCAUUUAUUGUGAGGACUUCGGUGAACUUCUUUGAAAAAUUAAUGCCUUUAAUUUUGGUUGAUGGCAACAUCAGUGCAGCUCUGUAAAUUGCACUUUAAUGAGAUUUUGCUACAGGGGAUAAUCUGCAACUGACAGAAAAAACAUCUUGAAAACAUCUGCAGACCUAUGAUUUCACUCUGACGAUGCUACCCCCUGUAAAUCUCGGAGCUGAGGGAUGAGCAGAAAAAUGGUCACUUGAUAAGUACAACUUUAUGAUCCAGGCUGUUAAAGUUAAACUUGAAGAAGUAAACUUUAAGCGUUUUUUCAAACUUGUCUGGAAGGAAAAAUAGGACAGGAAGCAGGAGAGAUGUAGGGUUGUCCGUUUGGAUUCUGUCAGACAGGGUUCACAGAAAUAUGAGGAAACUCAAAGUAACCUUUUUAAUGUUACAGUUUGGGUGCAAUUAAAAAAAAACAGGGAAAUUAUGAGAAAAAAUUAUGAAAACAAUAAAAUUUACAGCCUGAUGCAGCGUCCAAAAGAUCCUCCACCCUGAUCAAAAAGCAGAGCAGCCGGCCAACCUUUUCAGCUGAUGAUAGAAAGAGAUAUUUUGAUUCUGAUCAUAAAAAAAAAAUUGCAACCAAACCACAUUGAGGCCAUCUGAAGCACUGUGGUAUACAUCGCUUUCCUUGGAGUGUCUGGACAAAGUCCCAUGGCCCAGUAACUCUUCCAAGGAGACAGAUUUGGAUGCCGUCCAGCCAAAGUAUGGACCGGAUCAUCUGCAGCCUGAGCUAAGCCAAAGUCUCCCAAAUUAAAGCUGACACAUUCAAUCUCAUCAACACGGUAUUUUUUAAUGUGUCUUUCUCGCUCUGUCACCUGAUCUCUUUGCAGCACCAUGUUAAUCUCUUUUAAAGGUAUUUUCUUUCUCUCGCUUUCUGCAGCUUCAACCCCACUGCUCUCCAUUCAGCCCACAGAGGAGUGGCACUGGGAAUCUGCAAGGUGAACUGUGAAUGUCUCAUUACAGAGUUAUAGAUUUGUCCCAAAAUUUCCACCUGGUUUGGAUUUUCCACAUUUUCUCUUUAUUUCCCCGGCUUAUGUUUUGUCUGCUCCUCGCUUACUCGCCCUGUCAUGGAAACAAUAGCUUGCCAGAGCUAAUUACAGAGCAGACAGGGGAAAAAAAACUUACAAGGUAGGAUGUUGUGAGGAAUGCCUGUGCUCUUAAUAAAUGCAACACCAAGAUUGGAGGCAAAUGAUGGAGUCCUACUCUAUCUGAUUUGGUCCCGCUUUUCUCAAAUUCCUGACAUUUAUUGGUCUGUCCUUAUUCAAUGUGUAAAGGGUUUAAUGUUUUCCAUGUGCACCCUCACAACCCUGCAGCUGAGGAAGACAUGUUUCCAAAUGUUUCAUGGGGAGAGUUUGUCUCCCCUGAAAGUGGUUCCUUUCUACUUUAAUGAGAAACAUUACACCUACUGGAGUACAAACCUUACCUCAACAGCUUAAGAAAAAUAGUCCCUACUGGAAGCUGCAGCACAGAUUUUAAACAGGCCUGCAUCAAACUACCGAAGGUGUAGUAAAAAAGAGUUGUUCACAAACUAAAACCAAUAGUCAAAUCUGCUUUUGAUAUCAGUAAAAAUGUUGGCUUCAAAUACAAAUACCAGUGACAGUGUCAGCCGCGGAGACUGACAACAGUAUUGUAUCGGUCUCCUACAGAGAUAUCAGUAUCAUACCAGCCUCUGAUACAGAUAUAUCCUGUUGGCUUCUGAUAUAAAUCUGUGUAAUGUUGGCUUCUACUACAGAUAUCAGUAUGAUAUUGGCCUCUGGUGUGUUUAUCAUUGACAGUAUCAGCCUUUGAUACAUUUAUCAGUAUCAUGGUAUUAGCCUUACAUACAGAUAUAUCUUAUUGGCCUCUGAUGGGAAUGUUUAUUGUAUUGGCCUCUAAUACCGAUAUCAGUAUGAAAUUGACGAGUAUAAAAUUUUAUAUCAUUAGCAGGAAAUGUAUCAUAACACAGAUAUCACCACUGUAUUGGUAUUGGCCUCUAAUACAGAUAUCAGGAUAUUGGUCUCCUUUGUAGAUAUCUGUAUUUUUUCAGCCUCUGAUACACAUUACAGUAGGGAUAGUACUAGCUUAUAUGGAAACUGUUAUCGGUACCUGACCUCUAUCUGGUUAUCAAAACCAGUGCCCCCAUGACCCAGUCCCGGAUAAGCGGUGGAAGAUGGAUGGACAAAUCCCAGUAUCUGUAUUGACAAUCAAUAUGGAUUCCCAUACUGGUAUCAGUCUCUGGUACUAAUACAAGGACUAAUACUAUCAUUGGUAUUGGUAUGUAAAACUGUCUGAAAUGUGGGGUUUAGUAUUAUAAAUACUCAUGAAUGCAUAGACAUUUUAUAUCUUUACAUCCCCAAAAUCAGGUGGUUCUGAUGAACUGACAUGUGUUGAUGACAAUAACAGUUCUGGUAAAUUAAUUAAAAUUUGAGUCAUCAAAGUUUCCCCAGGAAUAAUGUGUAAAUUUUAGAUUCGUCUGAUGUUGUCAGGAAACUCUGUAUCUGGAGGUAAACCAAUAUUGGAGCAUCCUUGAAACUUAUAACUGUUUGCCAGUGCAGCCAUGCCUUCAACUUCUGUUUUCUUUCUUCUUCUUUUUUCCCAAGAGUGACACAAUUAAAUCAGCUCCAGUGAUCGGUCCUGCGGUCAGUGCCAAGUUGGGAUCACGCUCCCAGCAAGGUCCUGGAUCUUCUGCAGCUCGAGCAGACAACUCUUGUCUAGAUGGUGGCCGGGCUGCGCUGUCAGGAUGGCAGCACCUGUCAGAGCCGGGCACAUCAUGCCAGCAUCUCGCCAGGAGCCCCCAAACCCUAAAAGAAAUGAUGGCCCUUUGCUGCAUAAAUAUGGCAUUCUUUCUCACCGCAGACCCUUCAACCGAACUACGCAGAGGCAAGCUGGUGGGAGAGGUGUGGAAAUACAGUACAGUGAUUUUUUUGUGUGUGUGAUUUGUGUGCCCAUGUUGGUCUUGGUCUCUUGCUCUCCCUCUCCAUCUCUCUCCAUCUCUCGCAUGAUUUCCCUGACUUGUGCUCCCCAGGGGUUAGCCAUCUUGGUCAUCAGCUCCACUCGCAGGUCAAUUGUAGCAGCAAGUGGUCGGCCAAACAAUGCAGAAAAAAAAAUGUUAUGGCCAUGAUCCACCACUGCGCUCGUAUCAGCGGUGCAUGACAAGAUCAAGGCAGAAAGCCGGCCAUAAACAAGCCAAUGAGUGGUGUGAGAGAUUCGCUGGAGCACUUAAAAUGGAUGAGGGGAAUAUGUUAAAAGGUGGGAAACAGAAACCCACUAUAUAUAUUUGCAUCAUGCGUGCCUCUUUGAAUCUCUGAGUGACUCAGGCGAGUUUUUUCUUUUUUUCCAGCUGAUCUCCUGUAGGGGAAACAGUCCUGCCGGGGCAAAUUAACUGGAGAGCCUUUACACACAGGCUCCAUAGACUAAUGAAGAGACCCAGAGGAUAUUUGCAGGGUCACACAAAAGAGCUGGUAUAGAUGCUGGAUGAAAAUUGGGCAUUAAGCUGGAUGCCACGGGUAGCUUCAGACUACUGCAGGCCUCGCUUCUAGGGAACCAUCACGGAAAGAGGAUUGCCGUGCAAUCUUUUUAUUUAUUAAAUUUCUUUCGAGCAAUGAGAUGAUUAUUCAUCGAGUAUCUGCAUGUUUAGCCGAGAAAGUGUCAUCAUUUCUCUUACCCUGCAGACCCACAAAAAGAAAAAUUAACAUUUAUUCAGGGCCACAGGACUUUUAUUGGCUCCAUAUGCAUGCUGCAAACCCACAGGAAAUUUCAAUUUGAAGCCACUUAACUUCAAGACUAUUGCAGUUGUCUCCAACAACGAGGCAUUUAGGUUUUUAAGUGUGAAGAGGGGAUCCCAGAAUGCCGGUGUCAGACACUGAAAUCCAAGUCAAGUGCAGCGGCCACGAGGCAUCUCUCUGAACGCUGGAAUCUGCAAGUGUUUUAUAAUGCUGCCAGUUACCAAAAUGGAUCCCGACUGUUUGCCCAAUAUGUGGUCAAAUGAAAUUAAUAACACUGACCCCACGUUUUUGUUCUAAGUCCCACAAGCUAUUGUGAUUCAGAAACCUGUGGUGCAACUGUUGAGUCCUGUAUUUUAGGGUUAUAAUAAUAUCUAAGACCCAGUCUUUCCAUUUAUUUUCAACCAGCUUACAAUGCUAUCACAUCACACGCAGCUAUACAUCAUUCAAGCUACACUACUCCUAACACUUAGUUUCACUGUGGAUUUGCUGUGUAGUCAUUUCCAGCAGAGAUAUUAUUCAAUUGUUCAUCAGAUUUGGGAUCUCUUGUUUUUUUUGCACCGCCAAAAAGAAGCUGCAAUUACAGAAGCUAACUAUCCGUUAACUUGAUGAAUUCAGUUCCACUGUGUAGUUUGAUAAAUAAGGAAAUACAUCAAGGCUUGCGCCACGUAUAGUAAUUAAAGUGAAAAAUACUGUCACAAUGUAAAUCCUUAAUUGGACUCCUAGAGAGAUAUUGAAAAUUUGUCUUUAAUAAUAGGUGAUGACUGGGGACAGAAAAACAAAGCGUGUUGAAAUGUGGCUUUGGAAGUUCAAUUAAUCAGGAUGUAGAAAACAACCAAUUUAGCAUUGCUCAUUCAGGGAAUCACUGGGCCCAGGUAAUGCACUUUUAAUCAUCUCACUUCAGCACCUCAGCACAACAGUCAAAUGAAAAGAAGCCGCACUCUCAGGAUAAUGUUUCUCUGGGUGUUGCACAAUGUUGCAUUUUAAUAGCACUCCAUUAAUAAAGAGUUGGAAAGAGGUUUUGGUGACAUUUCUGAAUUUUAUAACAAAGACAAGCUGCUCAUCCUGAGACUGAAAAAUCCUCCAACAAAGUAUACUAAAGAGAGUCCAUGAACAGCGCUAACUGUCAGGGCACGGCCUUAUUAGCGGGGGUCAAUGAAAUCAUAUGUGCGAAUUGACCUCCCGUUCCACUGUUUUGACAAGCUCAGAAGCUCACACUUGGUAAAACAAUCCCCCAUCAAAGAUAAAAGUUUUCUGGUGUUUACUAUUCUCUCAUUAACAACACUCCCAGCCAUCUGUGAAGUGCUGCAAACACACCUGCUUCACCCCGGGCUUGUAAUGGCUUUUCUCAAUGUGCAUGUGGGUCUCCAACUAUCUGAAGAAGAGUCGAGGGGGGGCGGUUAUAGACCUGUCAUUCCAGGAUCAUCAACCAGACGCACAGCACCUUGUAUUCCGCUCGCAUAAUUAUGGAUAUUGUAAAGCAUUCAAAAUGAUCAAUUUAGCCGCCUCUGUCACCGGAGGAGUUAUCAAGCCACUUUGUGUUGAUUUCAAUGUUCAUAAUGUGGAGUUUUAAAGCACACUCAACUGCGGGAGUUUGGAGUUUUGUUACAGAGCAUGGAUUUGUUCAGCUUGAGGCAGGAGAUACAGAAUAUUUGUUAAUAGUCGUUUAAGUUGUUUUGUUCAAGGCCACCAAAAAAGACCUUUUCAGCUGUGGUCCAAAAUUGUCAGGAAUUUAAAUUCUGCUCUCUUUCACGUGACUCCCCUUUAGGAAAACAAAUGUAGAAUCAAAACAUAGAAUGACUCAAAUAAGAUUCUGCUCAUGAUUAAUUGCAAAUGGAAACUCAGAAAAGGGAGAUCUGGUGGUUAUAUGACAUCAAACUGCAUGCGUUUUUGCAGAAUGACUCAUUUUGAAUAACAGCUCUUAAUAAGGUUGCCACCUUUGAAGUCCAGCGUGUUAAACUGAAAUGCCUCACCAAACAGGAGGCAGUGAACCAAAUCAGGUGCGGAGAUGAAUGAACUCCAGCAAGUGAACUCUUGUGAGACCCCUCUGGAUCCUUUGAACUUGCUAUAGGGUCUGUUUUUGCUCUGUCAGGGGAGGGGGCAGUGUUGUGGUCACUCUGUGGUAUGGUCAUCAGGCUCUGGCCCCUGCGCUCCUCUCAGCCAAUGUAUCUGUUUCCAAAUGGGACUGACACAGGCCUGAGACGUUCCCUGCUGGGUCCUCUGAAACCAGAGACCCUUGAAGUGGACGUCUGCCUGCGUCCAGUCUGCUCCCAGGAACCCCUUUCAGAUCCAAGGACUCCAAAUGUGGCUCUUCCUCCAUGAAGACAUUUCUAACGCAGGCUGGUCGGGUGGUUGAGGCCCUGCCCCCGCCGCCUUGGCCCUCUGCCCAACUCCACUACCACCACCUCUACCAUGCUAACCAGCAGCAGCGGUCUCUUGCAGACCAGGGAGCAGACCACCCUGGGCUGGUCAGCAACCCCUGCUUACACCUGCCAUAAAACUUAAAAGCUACAGUCUCAUCCCCCGGCUUUGAAGUGUUCAAAGCAUAGCUUACUGACCUUUGAUGCAACUUUGGCCGCAACACAUGUUUUGCACCCAUGUAUAAACGUAGGCCUCUCAGCAGACAAGGCAGGAUUGUUUACCUACAUGUGCAAAACGUAAGGGCCAAUGCAUGGCAGCCAUGCAUGGAGCCUCUAUUCCCACACGUCAAGUCCCCUGCAGCGGGAAACUGACAGAAGUCGAGCCGGACACCACUUUGAGCUAACACGUUUGACCACCAUGUGUUCAACAUUACUUCCACCACUUUCUCUGUGCCCUCAAACUGACCACUGGGCCGCAGCCUUUCUUGGAUAAUGAUAGACAAAGCAUUCAGUUCACUCGCCUCUGACAUUACACCGGAUAUCCAAACCACAUAACACUUUAGUCAGCGUUUGGUAUGACCCAAAACUGACUGGAGCACCCUGUACUGAAGGAGUGGUGUUCUUAAUGCAGGGUUCAGAAAGUUUGAUUACAGCAUCAGGAAUUAUCUUUCUAUGUUGCUUUUGUGCCUGCAAGUAUGAAGUGAUACUUCUUGUAUUUUAUAUCUGUAACUCUUUUAUCUUGCGCAAGCAUGAGUUGUUGGUUUUCUUAGGAAUAUUCUAAGUUUUGUUGCUGGUGGUUUUAUUUGUUUUUGUCUGUCAUAAAAAGCCUCAUUGUUAAUUAAAAAGUCCUUAAAUGCAGAGUGCAGGGAGCAGAGAGCGGGAAAAAACAUGCAGCAAAUUUUGAUACUAGCAACCUCUGCUAUGAGGUCUUUUGUUUUGUGUGUUUGUUUGGUUGUUGUUGUACUGUCCAAGGUCUAACUGUGAACAUGGUGCUAUGGUGUUUGUAAGAGUAAAAUACUGUGUUUUGCGUUGUUUACAACUGGUAUUGCUAACAACAACUGACAACAGCCAACAACAGCUGACAAUUGUUAACAACAGCUAACAACGGCUAACAGUAAGCGUCCAUCUUGGUUUUCCGACUUGUCUACUGGAACGCUACCAACACGGGUGUAACAUCAUUCCCAGCUUCGACAUCUUACUUCCAAGGUAACUGGAACACACCAUUAAAGCCAUUAGCUUCUAGCUUUACUCAACUAAACUAUUCCUAAAUGCACUAUAAUGACAGUGUAAAGUGUGAUAGAUCUCUUUGUUUCUUUAUCUCCUUCUAUCCCCUGUCUUUGCAACUGUAGCUUUCUAGAUGUUGUGGAGUGUUUUUAAGUGUCUUAAUAAUAUAACAGUAAGUAUGAUCUGGACCUGCUUUUUUUGUCAACAUUUGACAUAAAUUGGUGCUAUUUGAAUAGAAAAAUGUAUGACUGAUGAAUGAGCAGUUCAACCAUGAUCAGGUUUGAUUAUAGGGAGGGUUGAUUUUUCAAUAUCUGAAGAUAAAACAUGCAAUGAAUGAACAUGCAGUGAAUGAUUUCAUCUUAGGUGUGAGAAAAUGCAAGUAAUCCUGUAUAUUUUUAUUACAGCUUUUUAAGUAAAAAACUGAACUUUUCUGUCGUCUCUCCACUCAACACUGUAAUCACAACAACAAAUGGGUGUACAUUAUCCUAAAUUGAAAAAAAAAAAACAGUGAUAUAUGAGAGUUGUUUUUGCACUCCAGACUCAAGUGUGAUGAGUUAUCACAUCAUGUCUGCUGGAAUCUUAAACUUGUGCACACUUGCAAGUGUAAUCCUGUUUACUGUGCACAUGUCAAGUAUAACAUGUUACCCUCUUCCUCUCUUACAGAUUGCAUUGCACCGUUCACCGUUCUUUAUAAAUAUCUGGCUGUUUUACAAGACAUUAAAUACUUGACAGAACAGUAAGCUCAUAAUUGCACAAGUCCGUGGUCGUGUAUAAAUGUCCAACAAAGGAGGCUGAUAUAUUGCCAACCGUGGAGUUUACAUGCUUCACAUACUGGUGUCUGAUAAGGCUCAAGAUGAUGUAAUUAUAACAGGAGAAGCUUUAUAAGAGUGUGAACUGUCACAGUAUGCGCAGAGUUAAAAUAGCACAUGCUCAAGCCUGGUAGCAGAACAUAGGGUUCCCUUUAUUUACACAAUGUGUGCUCAGCCUGCUGUGUGGAGAGUAAGUGCAACAACAGUAAAUCUCAAUUACAGUUCAAAUAGUGCUCAUAGAAGAAGUUGAAACAUUACCAGCCAGCAGUAAUGCUUCCUGAUUCUGCAAAGUCCUCUCCGCACCAAUCAGAGAGCUGGCUGGACCGGUGUCAGCCGUGUCGCCGCUCAGUGGAGCCAGAGGAGCUGGCCUUUCGCUAA